UUUUGCUAUCAUUCAGUUUCUGAACAAACAUGAUGAAGUAUUCUAUUGUGAUUUUGCUGCUGGCCGCGAGCUACGCUAAUGCUCAUGUGUUCUUAUUUGAACCCAUUGCGCGUACAUCGAUCCAAUUGCGUCCAGAAUUCGGUGCCACACAACCCUUCUGGUGGGAUAAUUUCGGUGUUUGGUGCGGUAAUGUUCAACAAAAUACUGCUUUCUCGACAUGCGGACGUUGUGGUGAAGCUCCGGGCAACCGAGAUGCCAGCCAAGGUGGACAGUUCGAUAAGGGUAUCAUUGUUGCCACAUACACUGCUGGAUCCAUCGUUGAAAUGACUGCUCGUUAUCAAGCUGCCCAUUAUGGAGGAUUCCAAAUUGAACUGUGUGCCUCUCAAACCGAAACUGACAAUUGCUUCCAAGUGUUGCCAAUGGUUUCUUCAGCACAAAGAAUUCAGGGCGGUAACAGACUUUGCACACCAUACGACAAUCGUUCAGAAGGUCAAUACAACAUCUCCGUUAGAGUUCAACUUCCCGCUAAUGUCAGAUGCAACCGAUGCACCAUCAGAUUCACACACAGGACAUUCUACCCAUGGUCUCAAGAAUGGGUACAAAACAGUUGCUUCACAGCUAAUCCAACUCAAGUAUUCAGAAACUGUGCUGAUGUCAGAAUUGUCUAGAUUCGGUGAUAUAAAAGUUUAUCAUAAAUUUCAGACGCAAUAAAAAUAAUUGUUUAAUCUGUAAGUGCACAA